CUGCUUUAUGAGUGUGACUUUGCAUCUUUCCAUCUGAUGGGAUAAUGACACACAUGUGUGUGGUGAAGAAGUAGUACAUAAAGGGAAGACCUGGAGAAGUUCCUCUUUUUUCUGUCCUCUGAGAAAAGAGGGAGAGGAGGGGAGGGAAGGUAAUCGAGUAAACCACCCCAAAGUACACUAUGAGUUGCCUGGGAGGAGAGCAGAGCCACAGCUGAGACGGCUAUCUUUUACGACAGCUCCUGGCAGAACCUUACCAUGAAAUUGCACUUUUCUUUAUUGUUGUUUCCUUUCUUGCUUUUCUCUUUCCUGUUGGGGAAGGAUAGGACCAAUCAAGCUUCCAGGGUUUUGCUGAGCCCAAAUCUUGAUGGAAUAAAAAGUGAGAAACAGGCAAAUAUAUCGCUUGAAAAAUCCCAGCAAUUCAAACCAGUGCUAGAUCCCCCAUGGAUAUCCAUGUACAUCCCCGUGAGAAGCUGCCACAGAAAGCUGAAAAAGAAAUACGGAGAAUUUUCUCCCCCCAAGUACCAGAAUGGCUUUGAAGGAAACAUUUGGUGCAACUGGACUGUUUGGGCAGGUUCUAGGAAACAUAUCAUUAUUUAUAUUGAAGGCUUUAAAAGUGAUGAUGAUUGUGACAAAAAUGAAGACAAGAUUUUCUUUCAUGGAAUUUCUUCAUUUGCAGAGAACAUGGCAGUUUAUGCUUGCUGGAGGAAAGAUGUGCAUAUCUUUGCUACAUAUGCAAAAGGUGUUAAUGUGGUCUUCCUAAUGAGGCAUCCUAGAAAGGAAGGGUUUGUGGGAAAGUACUAUAUAUUCAAGCAUCAAGAAAUUCGGCCUCCACCCAAGGAUGCAAUUGACACUGAAAUGCCUGUUCCACAACCAUCCCUAGAAGCUAUAAACAGCAUUCUUCAAUCAGAUAAAGAAUCACUUUUAUUUAUACUGGAUAAUGCAAAUUCUAGUAUCACUGCGAAUCAUGGGAUUAACAAAGCAAUGAGACUUAAUGUGCCAUUGCAAGAAAGCAGAAAAAAUGCAAGUGUUGUAGCUCUUAUGAGCUUCUUCAAGAAAACAGAAAAUUUCAGGGUGCCAUUUGUAUCUUUAAAAAGGAGUGGAAAGCCUUCUGAGAUGCGGAGAAUGGGCACAGAAGAAAUCACCAUGGACCUCAAUGAGUCUACUACUCCUUUCAGUGUUAUCUCGUCUGACAUUACUUCUUUUGAAUUAGAACCUCUGGAACAAUCUUCUGGCUUUUUAGAAGUAGAGGAACUUCCAAGCAAAAUGCUCAUUUCUACACAGGGGUCCUUUGUAAUGGAUCAUUUGUGGAUGAAUAGCAUAUCUACACAGCUGAGGCCCACAACCAGCUACCAGAAGCAACCUAGUGUGGGCAUUUCCCUGAAUGCAGCUGCCAAGAUGCUGAGUGGAUCUGAUAAGAUUGGGCUAAAAACACAAAGCAGACACUUUCAGGAGUUGUCUACAACCACAACAGCCCAUUUAAUUAUAGAAGAACAAGGAUUUCCCCAUAUUGUCACUUUUUCAAAGACAGCAGACACACUUUCUUUUCCUGCCCUGGACCUGGAGCCUUCGCUCUUUCACAGGACUGGGGCAGCUCUUCUAUUUGCUAUUCCAGGCCCAGAGUCUAUCCUCUCAGAUCAUGAAUGUAUCCUUUCCCCAUCUAUGACACCAACAUAUCCUUUCUCACCUGCAGGAUCAUACCAAACCCUUUCUGUAUCUGCUGUGUUCCAGACACCUACCAUUUCAGAACAAAAGUCCAAAACCUUCUCAACAACACCAUCUGACAUAUCUCUCAGCAUGGAAGAACUGGGCUGUACAAGAGAAGAAACAAGUCUGCAAGGAGCUCUUCAGCUUGAUGCCAUUUGUCCAAGUGCUACGGUGUUAGAAUCAAGGGCUUCAGAAAAUGCAGUGGUGGCUACCAAGACCCUGCUGUCUCCUGUCUUCCUGGUUAAAGGACUUGUCCCUUCCCUUGGAUUACAGACUGCAAAAGAUAUUGAAAAUCCUUUGAGCAGCCCAUGCAACCUGGAGAACAGCUAUCUUGUUACACAGCCAUCCUCUAGUAGUCUGUCUAUUCAUAAAACAAGAGCCCCAUGUAGUAAGUGCUGGGCAGAUUCGGAGUGCCUUUUCUCUUCUGUUGUACAGUCUUCUGCCAUCCAGCCAUGGCUGGGAGGAAAAAAGGACAACUGUCUGGAUUCAGAAUCUGAAGAGAGUGGCAAAAAGGUGCUGCAAGUGAAUAUAGUCGAACCUUUGAACUUUAUGUCCACGCCUGAACUGCAUUUAUCCUUUGAGAAAGUUACAUUAAGCAUGUUUCAUCCUCUCCAUGACUCUUUCACUGAACUGCUUCUUAUUUCUAUGCCAAUUAUGAAUGAAGAGAAAGAGCCUGGGAAUAUGGCAGAACACGAUUUCAUCUCUAGGACAAUAGUUGUUCCUCUUUUGUCAUGUAGUGAGAUGCAGUCUCCAACUUUGCUAACAUCAUUGCCUUUAGAAGUGGUAGGGCAAGGAAAGGGGCCAACCAGGGAAACCCACAUGCAAUAUCAUGCUAAAUUGCAGCAGCCUCCCUUGGAAUUCAUUGUGACUGGUUUUGAUGUUCCUGAAAUUCUCCUGAAAGAAGAGGACAUCAAUUUGUCAGCUGUUCAGACUUCCACACUAAGGCUAUCUUUAAAUCAGAAAGAGUUGGAGUUUCCUUGGUUAUUGGUGUAUUUUCCUUCAAAAAGUUGCCACGUGAUCUUGAAGAACGAAUCUGGAACUUUUUCACCUCCCACUGUGAGCAGAAUGCAAACCAAUAAGUGGUGCAACUGGACCAUCUGGGCAGGCACUGACAAACACAUCUUAGUUUACAUCGAAGGAUUUGAAGGAAGGUCAGAUUGUGAGAAAAAUCAGGAUAAAAUCAUAUUUCAAGGUGUCUCAUCGAGCGUUGAAAGUAAAGUUGUUUAUGCAUGUAAAAAUCAAGGUCCCCUGAUCUUUGCCAAACAAGCAAUGGCUGUCCAUGUAGUGUUUUUGUCAACAUUUAUUUCUCAAAACCACAUUCAUAAACACUUUAAAGGACGAUAUUAUAUAUUUGAAGAUUAUGAAACUUUUUCUACAGAUUAUGAAGCUCCACUUUUGAAAUCCAAAAGCAAUUUCGAACUCUUCUCCAAAUCCUCUGCAAUGCACCCAGGCCCUAUUUUGGACUUUAUAAAGACUAGCAGAAAGCUUAGCAAUGAAAAUUGGCUGCCUGUGACUAAUAAAGAGAAAUGGAGGGGAAAUGAGAGUGCUUCCAGCUUGGAAACAGUCCUAAGACCAGCUGCGAGUAACCAAAUGGAGAUCUCUGUCUUGAAAUCCAUGAAAAAUGCAACUGUGCAUCCCUUUACUUUGAAGUGGAUGCCGGUGGCAAAAUCAUCUAUUCAUGAUACUAGAAGUGGGAAUGAAAUCUCUUCUGGCAACUUCAAGAAAGUUCUAGACAGAAGAACAAACAUUUUGAAGAAUGAUGAAAAAGCGUUUAUGUAUCAUCCAGUUUUUUCUUCAAGCUCUCCCCGUGUGCCUCAGAAAGUCAAAAUGAAAAUAAAAGCAAUGGAAAUAAAAGAUAAUGAGGUCACUACUGAGUCUGCCUACCUUCAAAACAUAACAACACACUGGAUGCUAGGAUAUAUGAGAGGUUCUGGAAGAAUCGUCUCUGGAAGUGCUUCCUUUAAGAGAAACAGAGCUUUUCUACAAAGCUCUAAGGAAAAGAAGAAAAUUCCAGUUCCAUCCCCUAAAAGUAUAGCAAGGACAACACAGAUACAUAUUCUUCCAUCACAGCAAUCUCAUUCUGGCAUCUUCAGGAGAGUUACAGAUGUAAAACAGUCUCAACCACCUUUGAAACUGAAGGACACACUUAAGGAAGAGGAGAUGGACAAUGAAAUGUAUGGAGUAGACAGCAGCAACCAUGAGCAAUAUAUGAUUGCCAUGGUUGCAGAGAAGAAUGAAUUUCAGAGACCCAAACUACCUAUUACAGAGAUGCCUCCAACUUCUACAAGUAAAACUUUAGAGCACCUUGAUGUGUUGCAUGCGCCUUCUCUGGGAACACUUAAGCAAAACUUCAUGGAUGCUGCCACCACUUCCCAGGUGGUUCCUUCAGCUACCCUCAAGAGCACUAAAGGAAAGAAAGCACCAAUAACUCAUUCCAGCAAUUCGGAAACUAGAUACAAGAAGUAUCCACAAAGAAUGUAUACUAAACCAAGACCUCCAUAUCCCACUUCUGACUGGAAGCUGAGAAAAAAGCCCUACCUGAAAGUAGAGAAGGAUUCAUAUGAGAAAAAUUUUAUAUUCAGAACUCAUGAAGAUCAUUCUGCUCUGAAAUCCAAACACCAUCCUGGAGAUCUUCUCUUUGAAAUAACUUUUGGUAUAGAAUACAAAGGAAGGCUCCCACCCAUCAGAAGCGACCUGGAGAAAGCCCUCAUAGGAUCCAUUAAGCGGAAGGUGCAAGAGAAAGUGCAACUCUUUUCAAACAAAGUCAAAGAAGUCAAGUUAAAGGAAGUUGUAAGAAGAGACAAAACUGAAAUGGAUAAGCAGAAUGGCCCAAACUUGAUAUUCACAUUCUGGUUGCAUCUAACAUCAGAGGAGACAAACAUGCCCCGCUUAGUGUAUUCCAAGCUGGAAGACCUUAGUGGUAUAUCGAUGGGAAUUGGAGAGAUUCGGAACAUUUUGGUGAGAGAUGUGAAUGAAUGCAACACUGGGAUUGGACAAUGUGACGCUGAGGCAACAUGCCUCAAUGGAUUUGGUACAUACAUAUGCCAAUGUAAAGAAGAAUAUGAAGACCAUUCCCUGACGAAGUCGGGUACUCUGUGCCUUCGUGGUUCACAAUCAGGCACUGACUCCUUGUACACGUACACCGAGAUCCUUGUGGGAACCACUGUAUUUUUCAUCGCUGCCCUGGUGAUGGUGAUUAGUGUGCUGUGUACAGUUAUAAAGAAGAAGCAUACGAAAAAGAACAUGGACUUCCAAGAGGCUGCUUUGCCUGGGACACCAGCUGCAUCACCGUUACAGCAGACCACCUUUAACCAGAAUAAUAUCCGCCAUCUCCUUACGCUAGAUCCUGCCCAGUUAAAACUCCGAGCCAAAGUACCUGAACGGCCCUUACAAGGGAGAACUAGUCCCCAUGAGACAUACAGAGUAUCUAUUGAACAGUCUGAACGCCUGUAAAGAAAAAAACUAUAUAAGUUGUUUCUCCCUUUUUUUCCUAUGUUAUUAAUCUUUCAUUUAUUGUGAAUGAACAGAUAUGUUUUUGUUGUUUCUUGGGAAAUUGAAAUAGAAGCAUUUUAUUACCUUUCUGUGUUGAUUUUCAACUCUCUGUCUUAAUGAAAAUUUAAGUUUUAUAUUACAAUGUUUGGGCUAUUGUAGUGUCUGUCUGGCUUCAUAUAUAAAACAGGAAUUUAUCUAAUGUUCGUGAUUGUAAAUAAACUGGCAUCUUGCUCUUCA